UUUCUUCCUUGCUUUGGACUGUCUGAACCUCUAGAAGAUUUCACAGCAAUGCUGGACUGCAGUGACUAUGUUCUAGACUCAAGAAUGAACAAUCCGUCAGAAACCAGUAAACCAUCUAUGGAGAGUGGAGAUGGCAACACAGGCACACAAACCAAUGGUCUGGACUUUCAGAAGCAGCCUGUGCCUGUUGGAGGAGCAAUCUCAACAGCCCAGGCCCAGGCUUUCCUUGGACAUCUCCAUCAGGUCCAGCUCGCUGGAACAAGUUUACAGGCUGCUGCUCAGUCUUUAAAUGUACAGUCUAAAUCUAAUGAAGAAUCGGGGGAUUCACAGCAGCCAAGCCAGCCUUCCCAGCAGCCUUCAGUGCAGGCAGCCAUUCCCCAGACCCAGCUCAUGCUGGCUGGAGGACAGAUAACUGGGCUGACUUUGACGCCAGCCCAGCAACAGUUAUUACUACAGCAGGCACAGGCACAGGCACAGCUGCUGGCUGCUGCAGUGCAACAGCAUUCCGCUAGCCAACAGCACAGUGCUGCUGGGGCCACCAUCUCAGCCUCCGCCGCCACGCCCAUGACUCAGAUCCCCCUGUCUCAGCCCAUCCAGAUCGCACAGGAUCUGCAACAACUGCAACAACUUCAGCAGCAGAAUCUCAACCUGCAACAGUUUGUGUUGGUACAUCCAACCACCAACCUGCAACCAGCGCAGUUUAUCAUCUCACAGACGCCCCAGGGCCAGCAGGGUCUCCUGCAAGCGCAAAAUCUUUUAACGCAACUACCUCAGCAAAGCCAAGCCAACCUCCUACAGUCGCAGCCAAGCAUCACCCUCACCUCCCAGCCAGCCACCCCAACACGCACAAUAGCAGCAACCCCAAUUCAGACACUUCCACAGAGCCAGUCAACACCAAAGCGAAUUGAUACUCCCAGCUUGGAGGAGCCCAGUGACCUUGAGGAGCUUGAGCAAUUUGCCAAGACCUUCAAACAAAGACGAAUCAAACUUGGAUUCACUCAGGGCGAUGUUGGGCUCGCGAUGGGUAAACUGUAUGGAAAUGACUUCAGCCAAACUACCAUCUCUCGUUUUGAAGCCUUGAACCUCAGCUUUAAGAACAUGUGCAAGUUAAAGCCACUUUUGGAGAAGUGGCUAAAUGAUGCAGAGAACCUCUCAUCUGAUUCGGCUCUCUCCAGCCCAAGUGCCCUGAAUUCUCCAGGGAUGGGAAUUGAGGGCUUGAACCGUAGGAGGAAGAAACGCACCAGCAUAGAGACCAACAUCCGUGUGGCCUUAGAGAAGAGUUUCUUGGAGAAUCAAAAGCCUACCUCGGAAGAGAUCACCAUGAUUGCUGAUCAACUUAAUAUGGAAAAGGAGGUGAUACGUGUUUGGUUUUGUAACCGCCGCCAGAAAGAAAAAAGAAUCAACCCACCGAGCAGUGGUGGGACCAGCAGCUCACCUAUCAAAGCAAUUUUCCCCAGCCCGACCUCACUGGUGGCAACCACGCCAAGCCUUGUGACAAGCAGCGCAGCAACUACCCUCACAGUCAAUCCAGUCCUUCCUUUAACCAGUGCUGCGGUAACUAAUCUCUCUGUUACAGGCACUACAGACACCACCUCCAACAACACCGCAGCUGUGAUUUCCACAGCGCCUCCAGCUUCCUCAGCAGUCACUUCCCCUUCUCUGAGUCCCUCCCCCUCUGCCUCAGCCUCCACCUCUGAGGCAUCCAGUGCCAGUGAGACCAGCACAACACACACCACCUCCACUCCUUUGUCCUCUCCUCUUGGGACCAGCCAGGUGAUGGUGACAGCAUCAGGGUUGCAGACAGCAGCAGCUGCUGCCCUCCAAGGAGCUGCACAGUUGCCAGCAAAUGCCAGUCUUGCUGCCAUGGCUGCGGCUGCAGGACUAAACCCAGGCCUGAUGGCACCCUCACAGUUUGCAGCUGGAGGUGCCUUACUCAGUCUCAAUCCAGGGACCCUGGGUGGUGCUCUCAGCCCAGCUCUGAUGAGCAACAGUACACUGGCAACUAUUCAAGCUCUUGCUUCUGGUGGCUCUCUUCCAAUAACGUCACUGGAUGCAACUGGGAACCUGGUAUUUGCCAAUGCGGGAGGAGCCCCCAACAUCGUGACUGCCCCUCUGUUCCUGAACCCUCAGAACCUCUCUCUGCUCACCAGCAACCCAGUUAGCUUGGUCUCUGCCGCUGCAGCCUCUGCAGGGAAUACUGGACCUGUAGCCAGCCUCCAUGCCACCUCCACCUCAGCUGAGCCCCUCCAGACCUCUCUCUUCACAGCGGCCUCUGCCAGCGGCGCUGCCUCCACCACCACCGCCUCCAAGGCACAGUGAGCUGGGCUGAGUGACGCUGCCAGCCCCCUUCUUCACUCCGAGUGCAACUGGCUGCCAGCCUGGCUGAGACUGAAACACGUGAUGGGCUUCCUCUUGCCGUGUUGCAAGGGCAAGGGAGAAGAGGGAGAGAAGAAAAAACACAUGCCGGAAAAAAGGAUGGAAAUGGGACAACAUUUGCCUAAUUUUGUAAUAAAACACUGUCUUUUCAGGAUUGCUUCAUGGAUUGGAGAACUUUCUAACCAAAAAUU